AUGGAUGAUGUGGUUGAGACACCGUUGAUUUGUGAAAAUUGUUCGCUCUCGGUGAAUGGUAGAAUUUUCCAGAUUGAUCUUAUUUGUUUACCACUUAAGAAGAUUGACGUGGUUUUGGGGAUGGAUUGGCUUUCUACCAAUUCGGUGUUUAUUGGAUGCGAAAAGAAGUUGAUUAUCAUUCCAUAUAGUGAAGCUACUCCAAAGGAUGUAUUAACUACUAUCUUGGAAGGUACGGUUGGCAUGGUUAAUUUCUUAUUUGAGAAUGAAAAGUCAGUUCUCUUGGUUCUUACCAAGAAAUCUAGAGAUAAUCUGAGUGUUACACAAAUACCUGUGAUUUGUGAAUUUCCGGAAGUUUUCCCUGAGGAUGUCACCUCUCUUCCUCCUGAAAGGGAAGUGAAAUCAUCUAUUGAUUUGAUACUUGGGACGUCUCCAAUAUCCGUUUCUCCUUAUCGCAUGGCGCCACUCGAGUUGAGAGAGUUGAAGAAUCAAUUGGAAAAGUUAUUAACGAAGCAUUUCACCUGA